AUGGCGACCGCCCAGCCCAACAACCGCGUCAUCGUCUACGGCUACGCCGCCUCGCCCUUCUACCAGAAGAUCACCUUUCUGCUGGACCACUAUGGUGUCGAAUGGACCCUCGUCGAUGUGCCACCUGUGAUGCCGCGACCCAUGCUGUCCAAGCUGCUGGGCAUCACCUACCGUCGUAUUCCUGUGGUCUUCAUCGACGGUCAAGCGUACAUCGACACGACGGCUGCGUCUCUUGCCCUGGAACGAGCCUUCGGUGGCGCAUCGACCAACAAGUCGCUCCUCCGUCAGUUCCCGGCGCUGCAAAUGCAGCUCGCGGUCAACUGGGCGGAGAGCAGCAUGUUCCGCCUCGGCGCCGGUCACCUCUACAACGCGCCGCUCAACGAGACUUUUGUCAAGGACCGCAAGUCUUUCAUGCCCGGCAGCUCCUUUGACUCGGAAUCGAUGAAGGCCAAGGUGCCCUUUGUGAGGUCUCAGCUGACCGCCAACUUGGAAGCCAUCGAGAGCCAUCUCAAGGAGCAAAAUGGCAAGUUCUUGUUCGGCGAUUCGAUCCAGUACCUGGACGUCAGUCUGUACACGCCGAUGAACUGGGUGCAGACGCAGCUACGAACGGGCGAGGACCUCCUGCCUACCGUGAGCGCCAAGAACCCGACCCAGGACUGGAGCAAGUACCCCUUCCCACGAACGCUCACCUGGAUGGCAGCCGUGCGGGAGUACCUGGCGCAGCACAAGAUCAAGCCCGUCAAGCUGACCGCCGAGCAAGGCGCAGAGGUGAUCCUCAAGCAGGCCGAGCAGGGCAGUCAGCAGGCGGAGAGCGCGCUCAGCAUCAGCAAGGAUGACGCGCUCGUCAAGGCCGGCUGGUUCAGCGGCGAGAAGGGUCAGACGGUCAGCGUUACGCCGGUCGACACGGGCCGAGUACCCCAGGUCGGCCAGCUGGUCGGGUUGGACGGCGCCAGCGUCACCAUCAAGGUCAAGACCGAGGGCGGCAAGUCAUUGCUUGCGACGUUCCCAAGGAUCAACUUUGACAUUCGCGCCCAGGACAGCGCUAAGCUCUGA